CAUGUAUAUGCAGUAAUUACCAGUGAGACCAGAUCGACUAGUAGCGCUAGGUCUAAUAACAACACAAUAUCAACCGUGCACCAGUUUCUCGUGUUCGUGCACGAUUCAAAAUUUGGACGUCUGACACAAAGUUUGCAUUAUAAGACGCCACUUCAUCAGCCGAUGCAAAGGUUUGUUUAUUUAUAAAGAGCAUUUCUGUGUACAAUACCAGGAAUAACAGUUCCAUAAUUUCAUAACAAGCAAGCGACAUAAAAAACCAUGUCUGAAACACUCACUGCUGUAAUAUGUGGAGGGGGCAACGCUGCACAUGUAAUGACAGGCCUUGCAUCCUCCCGUGAAAAUGUUGAUAUCCGAGUCCUUGACGUAUUUUCCGAUGAAGCAGAAAGAUGGACGAAAACUCUAGGAACUGAUCCAUUAGUGCUUACAGUUAAUCACCCUGAUGGCAGUCAUGACGAGGUUCGUGGAAAACCCAGCAUGAUCACCAAUGAUGCCAGUAAAGCUGUUCCAGGAGCCAGUCUGAUCAUUUUUGCGGUCCCCGCUUUCGCUCACGAGUCUUAUUUCGAAGCUAUCAAACCUUAUCUUAAACCAAAUACCACCAUUGUGGGUAUGCCUGGUCAACCUGGCUUUGAGUUUCAGUGCUUUAGUGUCUUGAAAGAUAUUGCGCCAGAAUGCUGUGUCGUCGCAUUUGAGGGUCUGCCAUGGGCUGCUAGAAUAAGUGAGUUCGGCAGAGCUGUUACUGUCUUGAGUACCAAAGAUUUUCUAGGCUGCGUCGUCAUCAAAGGCAAAAGUAAUGUGGGUCCCGAUCCCCUGAAACCAGUUCAGUAUCUUCUUGGUCCCCACCCAGUAGCUCAAAUAUAUCACAACUUCCUUGAACCAACUCUGAACACUAAAUCCAUCAUGCAUCCACCUAUAAUGUACGGAACAUGGCACGAAUGGGAUGGUCAGCCAUUGGACAGUAAGCCAUUGUUUUACCAGGGUCUUACUGCAGAAGCUGCUGAAUUAAUGUCUGGGAUGAGUGAUGAACUUAUUGCUACAGCUAGAGAAAUUUCCCGAAAGAAGUCAGAAAUUAAUCUUGACGGAGUUGGGCAUCUUUUUGAUUGGUUUAAGUUGAUCUAUAAAGAUGAGAUAAAGGAUAAAAGCAGUCUUCUGACAGCACUACAAACUAAUUCAGCAUUCAAUGGACUCCUUCACCCAAUGAAGGAGACGCCAGAUGGCAAAUUCCUUCCCGAUUUCACUUACAGAUAUAUGACAGAAGACGUUCCGUUUGGAGUUGUUGUUUUGAAAGGAAUCAGCGAGAUUGCUGGUGUGGCCACUCCUGUUACAGACAAAGUUCUGGCUUGGUCACAAAAAAUGAUCGGCAAGGAAUACAUUGUUGGUGAUAAACUUUGUGGAAAGGAUGUGGCCACUUCCAGAGCACCACAGCGCUAUGGUUAUAAAACCUUAGACGAUUUCGAUAUUCUUUUGCAAUAAUUGUGCUCAACCCCAUGAUUAACCUCCUUAAUCUAAUUAAUACUAAUUAUUCCAUAUUAACAAAGCAUUAACUCCAACGUAUAAAAAACAUAUGAAGGUUUAAAUUUAUUUUGUUUUCGAUAAAUUUGAAACAGUAAUGGAUCAACCAUACCUCUCCGGCCAAAUAUAAGAACAUGUUUAUUUUGAUGUUUUGGUUUCACCGAUGGUUUCAAUUUACAAUUAAUACCGAAAUAACCCAGAUACAUGUUAUUUUGUUAAUGUGACCCAAACGCGGAUCCAGUUUCCCUUCUUUUCUUUGAUAGGAAAACUACCAUGUGCCUGGUGUAAAUCACAUUUACAUAUUGAUCAUGAGGCACCCCAUCGUCCGCAAACUCCCGUUUUCGUAUCUGUCUUAUUUAAAUUGAACGGUCUUAAAGUUAAAUGUUUUCACAACUAUCUUCUUGGUAUUUGUAUCGUUUAUGAUUUUUUGUUUAGUCAUCAAUUUACAUCUCAAUAAUACAAAACAGUGUAUAUUUAAAUAGUU